AGCACCCCCGUCGCCAACCACCCCACUGGCAAUUGACCUCGUAGAGACCGUCGUACAGUCGACAGAAUGUCCAAAUACGAAUCCGAAAAAACACAAUCCCAUGACCGCGGCCGCUUCUCAGAAGGCCGUCACUUCGCCCCUGUCCGUCUUCCCUUCCGUCGAAGACUACAGACCCUCGCCGUGCUUUGGCAUUCAUGCUCCAUCGCGGCGACCCUCAGUUUCUUCUUCUUCUUGUGUGCUGUUCCGCCUAUGUGGCCGCUCAUCAUCGCAUACUUGGUCUGGAUUGUGUUUGAUGAUGCGCCAGAGACGGGGAAAUUGAGGACGAGAAAGUGGAUGAAAAAUUUGAAGAUCUGGAGGUGGUAUGCUGGGUAUUUCCCGCUACACCUUCACAAGACCGUGAGCCUGGAACACAAGAAGACGUACAUCUUCGGUUACCACCCUCAUGGGAUUCUAUCAUUUGGUGCUUUCGGGAAUUUCUCUACGGAAGCCACGGGAUGGUCCGAGAAGUUCCCGGGUAUCGACGUGAGCCUCUUGACUCUCUCCUCCAAUUUCCGCACCCCGCUCUACAGGGACUACCUUCAAUCCAUGUCCCUCGCUUCCGUCUCCAAGCGAAGCUGCGAACACCUCCUUGAUCGCUCCCAAUCAAUCUGUAUCGUCGUCGGCGGCGCCCAAGAAUCCCUCCUCGCACAACCCUUCACCGCAGAUCUCGUUCUCAAAAAGCGUCUCGGUUUUGUGAAAUUGGCAAUUAAGAGCGGCGCAUCCCUCGUGCCCGUCUUCAGUUUCGGCGAAAACGAUUUAUUCGAACAAGUCAAGAACAACCCCGAUACAGCCCUCUAUCGCUUCCAACAAACCUUCAAAAAACUCAUGGGAUUCACGAUGCCACUCUUUCACGCCCGUGGUGUCUUCAACUACGAUUUCGGACUCAUGCCGUAUCGACGACCGAUCAACACCGUCGUCGGGAGACCGAUUCAUGUGGAGAAGAAUGAGAAUCCGACGGAGGAGGAGGUGAAGAAGAUUCAGGCGACGUACGUGAGGGAAUUGGAGAGGCUCUGGGAGGAGAAUAGGGAUAAGUUUGCGCCGAAGAGGAAAAGGGAGAUGAGGAUUGUUGCAUAAGUCAAACUCGGAACAUUGAUAGCUGGGUGGAUGGCUGUGCAAAUUGGCUCUGGAGUAGCCGGGACACCACGGGACGUUCAUUAUGGACCUUUGCUAUGUUGCAGCAGUACUAGUAC